AUGUCUGGCCUACUUUCAGUGAUACGAAUUGCCUUAGGGCUAGGCAUACUGGUUGUUGUGGCCGUUGUAUGCUAUCAGAAGGCUUUCCGACGUUCAAAUCUGCCUUUACCUCCUGGACCCAGAGGGGAGCCAAUUCUUGGACACCUUCGUCUUAUCCCAGAGUCUCAUCCCGAGUAUCAACUAACAGAGUGGGGCAAAGAGUACAAAUCUGAUGUGCUGUCUUUCAAUAUCCUGGGGCGUCCGAUCAUUGUACUCAAUAGCCGGGAAGCCUGUCAUGACCUCCUGGACAAACGAGGCACCAACUACAAUGAUCGGCCCAGAUUCGUGCUCUUUGAAGUCAUGGGAUGGGGUAUCACCUUGACCUUCCUCCGCUGGGGACCAAAGUUCAAGCUUCACCGAAAACUGAUGCAGAGUUCAUUCACCCAGUCCGCAUGCAAACCGUACAGGCCUAUUCAAGAACAGGAAGCCCGGCAGGCCGCACGGGAGAUCGUGGACAGCCCACAGGACUGGGACACGCUCCUCCGUAAAUUCGCCCAGGCCGUGGUGCUUCGCAUUGGCUUUGGCCUCGGCAUCACGCAGAAAGACGAUCCGUACAUCAAGAUGUCGCUGGACGCCGAGGAAGCCACUGGCAAAGGUGGUGUGCCAGGAGCAUCUGUAGUAGACUUCUUCCCUGUCCUCAAGCACCUGCCCAGCUGGCCGCUCAGGCUAGGUGUCUUGGAGCACGCCCGCUCGACCAAGCCCUACAUCCAGCGACUGCAUGACGCUCCCUGGGACGCCACCGAGCCCGAGAUCCUUAGCGGAAAGGCCACGCUCCCGUCGUUCAUGCGCACUCACCUGGAGCGGUACAUGGACAAUGUGGCCAAGUCCAAGCCCAACGAGGCUACCAUCGCCGACUUGAAAGGUGCUGCAGGCGCCAUCUCUAUCGCGGGCGGCAACACCACUUGGUCCACUCUAAUGGUGUGCAUUAUGAAUCUACUGCUACAUCCCGAAAUACUGAAGAAGGCCUACGAUCAAGUGGACGAAGUGGUCGGUGCCGACCGACUGCCCACAUUCGAAGACCGCGAUAAGCUGCCGUACAUCGAGUACCUCAUCCAGGAGACUACAAGAUGGUACCCGCUGUCGCCACUUGGUGUCCCGCACGCGACUAUCAAAGAUGACACGUACAAGGGCAUGUUCAUUCCAGGAGGCUCGGUGGUGUUUGCCAACGCCUACGCCAUGACCCAUGACCCUUGCGUGUACGACGACCCCGAGACGUUCGACCCAGAUCGUUACGUGCCCGUGUCAGAGGGUGGCAAGGGCGAGCCUUUUCCCGAGGGCCCGUUUGGGUUCGGCCGCCGAGUCUGCCCUGGUCAGUGGCUGGCCACUGCAGGCGUUUAUAUCAUGGUCUCGACGCUGCUGGCGACAAUGGACAUUCGAUGUCCCAAAGGUCCUGAUGGUGCCGAAAUAAGGCCUGCCGUGGCUUUCACCAACGGUCUCUCCAAGUGA